AGCUGAACUGUCAAAAUUUUGCAGGUGCCCGUUUGUAGUGGAAUAUUGACAUUUUUGCCGUAGGAGGUGUUUAUUUCAUCAACUGCUGUCGACAUAACAUUUCAAAAAUAGCCAAUCAAAAAGUGCGUUAGACCUGUCAACCGCUUAUGCGCCAAUAUUCGAACGCUUAGUUUUGCGAGCAGACGUUUGACAGCUGCAGCAAGUACUCGGUCCUGCUAUAAGCACAAAUCAUUCCAACUAUCCAGCGAUGCAGUAAAUUUGAUAUUUGAUAUUGACAGACUGUUCACUCACUGUGUCAAACAGGAGAACACUUUUUUUCAGCGAAAAUGGUACAGGAAAUAUUUUCGCUGUUGACUUCCCAACAAGAAUUGGACAAUGACAAUGUCAGUUCUGAAACUUGCAUUCGAACAAUGACACAUCCAAGGAAGUCUGCCAACAGUCCGUUCACCAAAGCCCUAUCUGAUGUAGUUGUGUUGAAGCAAUUGCUGCAGCGAAUGGAAAAAGAUCAUCAGCUUAAGGACUGGUGUGGCCACCUGAACAAGACAAUGCAUGCAUCUCAAAGAGACAGUGCUGUGUCAACCAUUCGAUGUCUAUGCAUGUUUUACAGUUGUAGUUGUGAAACAUUUGCCUCAGCAGUGAAUUUCCUGGACCGUUUUCUCUUCAAGAUGAAGGUACAACACAAGUAUAUUUCAGUCAUUGCAGCAGCUUGUUUCUACAUUUCUGCUAAAUUCAACCAGGAAGCUGAGGAAAUUCCAAGUGCAACAGAAAUUUCCCAUCUUCAUGGUCAAACUUGGAAACCUUCAGAUCUGAAAAGAAUGGAAAUGGUGAUCCUGGAAAAGCUUAAUUGGGAAAUAUGGCCAGUGACAUGUCCUUCCCUUUUGAAACCUCUCUGUGAUAUCAUCAUGCAUUAUGGGCACAAUUGUUCAAUACUUGAUUCCUUGCUGAGCAAGUUUGAAGUAUGCAUCAACUACAGCUCAUGUGCAAUUUUUAAGAGUUCCACUUUGGCCUUGGCUUUACUUCAACACUCAGUGAUUGAAAUGAAUGAUCAAACAUUCGAACUGAAUCAGUGUUUACUUUGGCUUCACACAGUCUGUCAGGUGCAAGACUCAGAAUUUUAUGAAUGCUUCUGUACAGUAAGUGAAAUCCUUGACCUGUAUAAAAAACAGCCACAGAGUCAUCCAAGCUGCCUGAAAGUUCCAAAACCACAGAUUAGGAUGUCUCUGAUUUCAAGACCCAGUUAUUAUGGAUGUACAGACCUGCCCACAAUAGAAGAAUCAUAUUCUGAUGUAGACAGCAGUGAUAACAUCGAGGAAGUUUUUGAAGAUAUGAAGAUAUCCACACAAGCCAACAGAAAACUGAAGAGUUGGAGUUUUGAGUUACCCGAGAAAUGUGCAAUGUGUGAUAUUCACUGAAAUAUUUGUUAGAUUGUGUUUACAGUAAAGCAGUAUGAUUGAAUGGUUCUAGAAAUCCAUCUGAAAGGUUUGUUAAUGUUGUAAAAGAAAGUUCUGUGAAGAGAGAGAGGGAGAGCGAAGUGAAUAUAAUGUUAUUUUUAAAUUAACAUGUUACAAUUUUUUUUAAGUAAUUUAAAAUAUUUAACCAAACCAACUCUCAAUCCUCAGUAGUCUAGUCUGAAUGCGUUUUCUAAUAAUUGUGUGCCUUACCAAAUGGCAACUUGGAUUGAUGAGAUUGGUUAUGAUGGGCAGUAGCAAUUCUUUUAAAGGAAGUAUAGGUGCAAUUUAUGAAACAUUUUUUGUAUUGUGUGACCAUUUUCUUUCCAAAUUUUGAAGGCAAGUUCAUGCAGAAGCUUGUAAUUUGCUUGAUAAGUUUCAAAUUUCUAUGGUAAAAGAGACUAGAUUUCGUAUUAUUUUCUUGAUUCAAUGUAUUUAAGAUGAAACUGAAAUGCAAACUUGAUAUGGGAUUAAUAUAUAAUACAGGUGUUCUGAAAACAUGUAUACACCAGUGAAAGUUUUAAAUCAUCAUUUCCUGCAUACCAAAGGUUUUAGUAACAUAUUUGCAUGUUCUUUCAAAUUUCAACUGUGAUUACGGUUGUACCGCAAAACAACCUGGUUUUUUUAUUCAGACCUAAAUAUUGUAUUUUGAUUGAAAUGCAUGCUUUAAUGAGAUGAAUAAUUCAGAGUUAAUUUUGGUAUUUAAACUUGUUCAAUUUGUCGUUUUAAAACCAAAAUUUAUGUUAUGUAUAAAUUGUAUACAAAGCUUCUUAGCAUUUGCUGUCCGAUAAGUUUUAACAAUUGAAAAACGUUUGUACAUUUGUUAUUGCACAUUUCACAAAUUAUUGAACAUUCCUAUUUGAAAGAAUUAGAUGGCACCUUUAUUGUAGGUCUGAAAUUGACUUGGUUCAUAUAAUAUGAAAUUGUUAAACAAAAGACAAUAUCAUUAUGGCCUCAAAAUUCUUUUUCAGCACGAUAGCCAUGAUUGUACGAAGUUGUGCAAAAUGAUGCACUUUAGAUUUAUUUUCGAUAAUGCAAACAAGUCAUUCUGAAUUCAGUAUUUUAUAUUAACUCAUUUCUACAGACCCAUUUGUCACAGAUGAUAGGGGUUAAUGAAUGUAUAGAACAGAUAUGAUAAUCAGUAUUAGACUGCAUUAUCUUGAAUCAGUGCAAAUCAUCUGUGGUAUGGCUAGUUGACUGUUUUGUACUUUUUUUGCUCUGUAACUUCCUGGAUGAAAAAUACUUCUGAUAUCAACCAGCAUUACAUCAUGUAUAUAGUUUCAUAUAAAUCUCAUUGUAACAUUCACAUAAUAUAUUUAAUAUUUUAUAUACAAA